AUGCCUGGACUCAUCAACCAGACAAGCAACAGUGCCCUUCCACUCACUGCUUCGGAGGUCACCUCUUGCGUCAGUGGCUACGCCUUUGGGAUGACUGCUUCGCUCACCUACGGCAACUCUGAGAGCCAUCCUUUUGAAGGUCUCUUUGUCUAUCCGCUGGACGAAUACACAACUGUGGUUGGCUUUGAAGCUGUCAUUUCCAAUCGGGUGGUGACCGUCCAAAUCAAGGACAAAGCCAAGAUAGACGACUGCUACGUUGACUGCUGCGAGGGACGUACUCCGGGUGAAGGGCGCAUUGUGCUAGAUGAGGACUUGGAGAGGAUCGUCUUUGUGGCCAACGUGGGCCUGGUGCCACCGCAGGAAAGCGUAUCUAUCUGUAUCAGCACCUCUUCAGAACUGCAGACCCUCCCCAGUGGUGCUGUGAGGGUCCUCCUUCCAGCUGUGUGUGUUCCCAAGGUCCCCCAGAACAGUACCAAUGCUACCACCAUCCUCUCCGGACAUCACCUCCGACUCAGAGACAGACACUAUUGCGGUACUGCAACUUCCGAUCUAGCCAGCAAAUUCUGUUUGGCUCAGCUUUUGGAGACAGAAGCAACCAACCCCACAGAAUAUGAGUUCAGCUUUUACCUAGAAAUCAGGGGGCCGUGCUUACUUGCAGGAGUUGAAAGUCCAACUCACGAAAUUCGAGCAGAUGCCGACCCUUCAGCCAGAUCUGCCAAGAGCAUUGUCAUCACUCUGGCUGACAAGCAUACCUUUGACCGCCCUGUGGAGAUCUUGAUCCAUCCCAGCGAACCUCACAUGCCUCAUGUCUUGAUGGAAGAAGGUGACAUGUCUUCUGCUGAGUAUGAGCAACAUCUGAAGGGGCGAAGUGACUUCAUUAAAGGGACGAAGAAGGAUCCCAGUGCUGAGAAAAAGACAGAAAUUAUCAGGAAACGGCUCCACAAGGACAUCCCUCAUCACCCUGUCAUCAUGUUGAACUUCUGUCCUGACUUGAGGACUGUCCAGCCCAACCUCCGAAAAACCCAAGGAGAAUUCAUCUUCCUUGUUGACCGCAGUGGAAGUAUGAGUGGGAUGAACAUCAACCGUGUCAAGGAUGCUCUGUUGGUUAUACUGAAAAGCCUGAUGCCGGCCUGCUUGUUCAACAUAAUUGGAUUCGGGUCCACUUUUAAGGCCUUGUUUCCUUCCAGCCAGGCCUACUGUGAGGAGAACUUGGCCGUUGCGUGUGAGAGCAUCAAGAAGAUCCGAGCCGACAUGGGUGGAACCAAUGUCUUAUCCCCUUUGAAAUGGAUCAUCCGGCAGCCCAUCCACCGGGGACACCCACGGCUGCUUUUCUUGCUGACUGAUGGGGCUGUUAGCAAUACCGGGAAGGUCAUAGAACUUGUUCGGAAUCAGUCCUUUUCUACCAGGUGCUACACUUUUGGCAUCGGGCAGAAUGCUUGUCGGAGGCUGGUGAACGGGCUGGCUGCUGUGUCCAAAGGAAGUGCAGAAUUCCUGGUAGAGGGAGAAAGGUUGCAACCAAAGAUGAUCAAGUCUUUGAAGAAGGCUAUGGCUCCCAUUGUCAGCGACGUCUCCGUGGAGUGGGUUUUUCCUGAAACAACAGAAGUUUUAAUCUCACCUCUCAGUGCUAGCUGCCUUUUCCCAGGGGACCGGUUGGUUGGCUACAGCAUGGUCUGUGAUACAUCCUUGUAUGUUUCUAACCCCAGGCUGGACAAGAGGCGAAAGUACAGCAUGCUGUAUUCCCAAGAGUCAGGCAGCUCUGUUUUUUUCCACUCGCAAGAGGAAGGAAGCACUGCAGACCACUGGAGCUCGCCCAAGGAUUUGGAAAGCGGCUUACCUUCAGACAAGACCCCAGAACUCCUAGGGAUUGGCGGAGACCUUGGGAGCGAGUCUGACCUUGACUCUGGGACAGAGGUUAAAGCCUCAUCCCGGCGGAGGGCAUACAGCACCAAUCAAAUUGCUGACCACGCGCCAUUCCGGAAGAUCCCCACAGCUAGUGAUCCCAGCUCUGCCCUGGUCAAGAAUCCACUCCGGAAAGCCCAGCUGCAGGAUCUCAGCCAGCUGAGCCCAGAACUGCAGCCUUGGCAGGCAGAGUUCCAGUCUUUUACAGCUAGCCCCCCUGUCUCUACUCCAAAAAUACGAGGAGUUGGUGCAAGGCGGCCAUCUCUGCUGCAGCAGAGUCGUCUCUCGCUUUGCCAUGAUUUGGAUUCACCGCAUCUGCAUGUUGGCAGCCCUCAGACAGCAACAGGGAAGUGCUCUGGCCAGCUCGAGGCCAAUUCGGUCCUGGGAACUUUUUCAGAGAGCCGAAGCCCCGGAGAUCUAGAUUCUGUCCAGCACCCUUCUUUUACCUUUGAAACCGAGACUUCAUCGGCCUGGGAAACCCAUGACCUGGAUAUUAGCUCAGCCAGAAGUAGUUUGCCGCGCUCCCCAAGAGCCAUCUGUAAAGCAGUGGUGAAAGGGUUACAGAGCAACGAACCAGUUCAGUGGGAGAUCACUUUUGAUAUUGGGCCACUUUUCCAAGACAGAAGAAGUGAGGAAGAGGACCUCUGGAAUGAAACCUUUCAUCACCUGGCCGCCAAGUCCGUCAUCCGCGACUUUGAGCAGCUGGCUGAGAGAGAAUGUGAAAUCGAGCAUGGGUCUGGCCGACGGUACCAGGUGAACGCCAUGCACACCAGCAAAGCUUGCAAUGUCAUCAGCAAAUACACAGCCUUCCUUCCCGUAGACCUGAGCAAUAACAGCUACUUGCCGACCAUGGUUGAAUACCCCAAUGCAGGUCCUGCACUGAAACCAGGCAGCCAGCGGAGCCUGAGUUCUGAGAGCAGACGACACCGGGGGUUCUCCCCGGGCCUGGGACGCACCCAGUCAGUCUACGGGCAAGAGGGAGCAGACGACGGAUUCUACAGUAUGAGCAUAGAAGAGAACAGCCUGUCUCCAUGCAGCACACCUUCUUCCUCAAGCUGGGAACGCUACACUUUCCCAGACGUUCCACUGCGCAGUCCAUCAGUUUCCUCCCAGAAAUCCAUCGAGAGCCUCUUUACAGCCAGGUUGACCUUUAACAAGACAAGACUGCUGACGCGAGCGGCCAGGGGAUUCAUGGGCAAAUCUAUCGCCAAGACCAGCGAGUCGAGUUUGGAGAAUGACAAUGAAAACAUUGACUACCUGCCUCUCGUGUCUCUGCAGCUGGCCUCUGGAGCCUUUCUGUUGACCAAGGCAUUCUGUAAGGCCAUCAACAUCCCCAUGGAGAAGCUGAAGUGGACUUCUCCUUUUACCUGCCAUCGGACGGCCCUCAGCCCUUCCGCCAGUUCUUAUGACUCCCGGAAAUCAGGUGUGCUGCCGGGAGAAGUCAAGAGCCCUGGAUGUGAAAAUGGAAAUCCCUUAGCGGACAAACAAGGGGAGAGUGAGGUGGGCCAGGCCCGCCAUCUCUCUGGCAGUGCUGUCGAGAGCUUCUCCAAAGCCCUGAAGGUUGAGAACAAACUCUCCCCUCCAGCCAUCACCAUCCGGCGCUUCUCCUCCCCAGAGAACACUCCAUCACCUGAGGGGUCUCAAGCUGACAGCGGCAGGGGCUCUGAGACCGACAACUCUGAACUGCAGACCUGGCUCUUUGACAUCGAGCUGCAGCAACAGACCGAGCCGGAGGGAAUGCUCUGGGCCACGGCCGUUGCGUUGGCCUGGCUCGAGCACAGCUCUGCCUCCUACUUCAUCGAGUGGGAGCUGGUGGCAGCCAAGGCCAGCUUGUGGCUGAAUGAGCAAGAGUUCCCAGAAGGCCGAAGCCUGCUCAUGGUGAAAGCAGCGGCACAGCAGCUGUUUGUUCUCCUCAGGCACUGGGAUGAAAACCUGGAGUUUAAUUUGCUUUGUUACAACCCUAAGAACGUUUAG